AUGUCUAAUUUAAAACAUCUAAUUGAAAAAUCUCAAAUUCAAAAUCUCAAACUCAAAACCUCAAACUCAAAAUCUCAAACUCAAAACCUCAAACUCAAAACCCCAAACUCAAACCCCAAACCCCAAACCCCAAACUCAAAACCUCAAACUCAAAACCCAAAACCCCAAACCUCAAACUCAAAAUCUCAAAUUCAAAACCUCAAAUUCAAAACCUCAAACUCAAAACCUCAAACUCAAACUCAAAACAUCAAACUCAAACUCAAAAUCUCAAACUCAAAAUCUCAAACUCAAAACCUCAAACUCAAAACCUCAAACUCAAAAUCUCAAACUCAAAACCUCAAGCUCAAAACCUCAAACUUAAAACCUCAAACUCAAAACCUCAAACUCAAAACCUCAAACUCAAAACCUCGAACUCAAAACCUCAAACUCAAAACCUCGAACUCAAAACCUCAAACCCCAAACUCAAAACCUCAAACUCAAAACCUCAAGCUCAAAACCUCAAACUCAAAACCUCAAACUCAAAACCUCAAACUCAAAAUCCCAAACUCAAAACCUCAAACUCAAAACCCCAAACUCAAAAUCUCAAACUCAAAACCCCAAACCCCAAACCCAAAACCCAAAACCCCAAACUCAAAACCCCAAAACCCCAAACUCAAAAACCUCAAAAUCUCAAAACCUCUAAAUCUCAAACUCAAAGGCGAAUUAUAA